UCUUGGCAGAAACAGUGCUAUACUGUAUCUGAAAAGUAUCACUCUUAAGCUUGCCUGCUGCUACUUUCUGUAAAGGCUUUUAGGUAUCGAUUUGUUGGAGACAGGGAAGGGGAAUGGGGAACUUCAGUUUUUAUUCAAGGUCGGAUGUAUCGCAGCAGAGAUGCACAAUACAAGUUUCCCUGACCGUCCCUGUCUCGAUGAUAUCAGACAUGGUGAAAUUACGUGUAAAAGUAAUUUUCUUUGGACGUAUAACAAACGUGCAAUAGGUGAAAGUACAGAUCUUCCAACUCCCAAGGUUAGGAAGUACACGUGGAUUUCAGGAAUGAUUCUAAAUCGAAGGAAAAUAUAUGGGCUGCAUCCACAGCCCAUCAGUUUAUGGCUGUGUUGAAUCUGCUUUUGUAUGCCCUGUGUGGUUUUGAAGCCAGUACUGGAAAGGGAACGUGCCCACGGUGCUACCUGAAGAGGUGUUGAUGCUUUGCUCUUUUCUCCCAAGUCAGUUCCAACCCAAGGCUCCCCAUAAAUAGUUCCACUGGAUGUGGGCCCUAUCUCUAAUAUUACACAUGCCAGCAACCUUCAUUUUGACCUAAUGCUUAAGAACCACAUUGUACAUCCUUCCAUGAUUAAUUUUGAUAACGAUGAACCGUGGGCAAAAUUGCAAGUGUGUAAUUACAUUGGACCCAUCUAACUUUUCUCUUAAGCUUCAGUUUUAGUUUUACAUCAUCUAUUAUUUUCAAUUGCUGUGCGUGGCUAGUGUGCCCAGCCCUGAUGGUGCUCUUAUUAUUAUGUUUUGUGAUGGUAUGUUUUGCAUUUAUAAGCAUUUUUAGUCACCUUCGAGAAGAAAAACACCUUUGUCUGUGGUUGGUGUUAGUCAGUUUCAUAUUCCAGACUGAUAUUUUCAAACUUUUAUAUUGCUCAUGGCCACAUUUUACAGCUCUAAACGUUUCAUUGGAGUACAAGAAAAAGCCCUAUUAACAUUUAUGGCAAGCUUAUUAUGUGCUAGACACUCUACUAAGCAUUUAUAUAUCUUGUAUGUGUAAACUGCCCCAAUUGGAAUUACCCUCUGCAACUUCCUAGCUGUGUUACCUCAUGCAAGUUACCUAACUUCUCUGUGCCUUACUUUCUCAUCUUUAAGUGGGGGUUAUAAUAGCAUCUAUCUAAUCGGGUGAUUGUGUGAAGAUUAAAAGGGUCAAUAUAUAUAAAUCAUAUAGGAAGUGCUAAGAAAGUAUUGACAAUUAUGAUCAGUAUGUUCUUUAAUUCUCAUUUUACAUGUUAGAAAACUGAGGUGUACAGAGGUUAACUUGUCCGAGGUCACAGAACUAGUAAGUGGCAAAGUCAGCAUUCAUACACAGGCUGGGCUGACUUCAGGGCUUGCGUUCUUGGUAACUUCACUCAUUGUAAUUAGAUGAGUUUAUUAAUUGACUUCAAAUAAAAUAAGUGUAUUCAACUGAUUAAUGUUUAAAAACUGUUCAAACACCUGGAAAUUAAACCAAAUUAUACUUUUUUAAGACACAAAAUAAUUCAUUCUGUAAAGGAAAAAUUACGGUUUUACUUAAUCUACCUAGGGAGGCCCAUCUGUGUUGUCUAUCAUCUAUUUAAAACAUAGUUUACAAAAUGCCUCACUAAGAUACAGUGUAUCUCCACCAGUGUGGUCCCUGGCCGGUGGCAUCAAGGUGGGAACAAUCUCUUUUAGUGCAUUCAUGGGUAAUAAAGCUACAUAAAAACUUUUUUUAAAUCUAUUUGAAUAUGCAGCUGGUAGUAUCCCUUGAGUUGAGUGGAACAGGUCUAUGUUUUGUGUAUUGUACUGCACCUUGUAUCUAAGUUUAUCUUGAGGUUUUAAGACGUUAUCUUAGUCCAAGGGGUCCUGAAUUUUGUGAACAAGUAUCAUAUGCAGAAAAAUGUUCUCUAGUCAAAUAAAUUUGGGAAGCGUUAAAAUAAAGUUUCUUUACUGCAUAACAAGAUUCCCAAACUUAUUUUGACCAAGGAAAAAGUUAGGACAAGUGUUCCAAGAGUCCGAUUUAGGGAAAUUGUGUUCCAUUCAUACAACCUGUGAUUUGGUGGCUUUGCUCUUAAUCCCUUGGCUGUUCUCUGAUUCAUGCUCAUCUGGCAGCUUCUCAGGCCCUUGAUCACUUCAGUCACCUUUCGCUAGGCCUUCCUGCCACCUCCAGGUGGUGGCAUACAAGUCUGGGGUUGUGUGCAGAGGUUUGCUCCUGCCCAGCAUGUUGUCCUCUGGGUCACAGCAGCACAUCAUGCCACCUUUCUUCUAAGAAUAUUUUGUAGUGACUCACAGGCCUCUUGGUUGUGAUUCACACUAAUUCAGACCAUCAUCUCCAAUGUGUUUGCCCGCUAUUGCACUGGAAUUAUUUCCUUUUAAUGUCAGUGUAACCAGUAAAAAUUUGCUUUUCAUUCAAAACAAAUUUAAAUGUCAGUGUUUUAGUUGUGGCUGGAACCUAUCUGUGAUGUUGAAAUGGUCCUUAGACCCUAACACUUGAUUUCUACUUUAAAGGAGGGAGGGUGUGGCACACUUUGUUGUUGUUGUUGUUGUACUCAAAAUCCAGACUUUAAUAUAUUUUAUUUUGACAUUGGUAUUUACUAGGUUUUUGUUUGUACCCUCUCUGAAGCCUUAGGGAGGAGAGGCAGAACAAUUGUAUCUGCUAAAUGGGAAAAAAAAUGGCUUUGAAAAAAUAAUAUAUCGCUAUCCAAUACACCUAGAGAAUUGAUCUCUACCCGUGUCUAUGUGGCCUUUGUCCGUCUACCCUCUCUACUCACCAUACACACCCAUCCACUCACAGGAACCCUGUUUGACUAGUACUGUAUUAGUCCUUUUAUUGACGGGCUUCUAAUACUGUAUUUGGGGGUGGGGUGGGGACAGGACUUGUGAAAUAAGCAGAGCAAAAUGCAAGGCACUUUACAAUUAGAGGUCAAAAUAUGAAUUUUAGUUGAGACAAACGCUACAGUAGUCAUAAAAGGCAAGUUGUUUUCAUAGAGAAGGCAGGCACCUGCACUCUAUUGUCAUAGUUCUGAGAUAAGCACAGGGGCCUGGGGAGCCAGGAUAUGGAGCUAAAAUGAACUGGUAUUGGGGGAAAGUUUGUCUUAAAUACAGUGGCAGUGGUGCUGGCUGGAAUUGGUGACAGAUGGGAUGUAGCAACUGAAGAGGAAGAAGUCCACAGUAACUCCUCAUAAGUUUUGAGUCUGCAGGAUCAGGAGAGGUUGUGUGGCCACUGAGAGAAACAAUGUUAAGGAAAAACAACAAAGUAGUCAGAUUGUUGUUCCUGAAAAGAGGGCUUGUUUACCUCCAUUAGUUUUCUGGCACCAUGCUAUGUUCUGGCAUCUUGUUUGCUCUUAACAAUCUCACUUUGAGAAUUUAACAACCUCCUCAGCUGUAUGGCAGUUCCUCUUCUACCUGAUGGCCACCUAAUGUGAAUGGAAGGCCUUGGUUUUGUGGAGCAGGUCCCCCAGUGCUUUAUCUGGGCUCUCUGAAGCACAGAAAUCUAGUGAAACCAUGCCUUGAUGCUGUGAGCUGGGUCCAGACGAUUCAUUCCUGUAAAAUGCAGGUCAAGUUAUUGUGAGGCCCUGAAAUGAGAUCCAGGACUGGGCAGGGGGUUCUUACGGGGUUAGAGCCGAGGCUGCAUUAUGGGAAGAGUUUGCCCAGAAGGUGUGCUUCCUUUACACCUGUCAAAGGGUGCAGGGGCUUUUCUGGCCUUCUGACUUAGGAAAACAGAAUUUAAACCGACACCUCUAUGGAAAAAUGAGCUCCUGUGACAUCCUGAAGCAGUAUUACAAUGACACAGUCCAGGACCCAGAGGGAUAACUAUCAUUUGAUCUCACUCAGCUCUGAACUGUCAUGAGCCCCAGAUGUCUCUUGCAACUGAGAAAUUCCAUGAUGCUACCUUAAAUACUUUCCCUAAAAUGAAAACCCCUUUCUGGAAAUGCCCAGCCGCUGUAAGUAACCUUUCUAAGUAAACUGAUAAAUAGGUCAUUUGCCCUUAAAAUGAGCUUUUCUUUUCAGUUUAGAAAGCCAUGCACAUGAUUACGUGAUUUGACCAUCACAGUCUUACCUCUUAAAAUGGAAACUGCUUGGAAGGGGCUUUUACCUGGGGAAUGUGGCAUGCAUGUGUCUGUGACACUGCUUUCCUGCCCAAAUAAGCGUGCCCUUCAGCACACUCCUGUGCGUAUUCCGUUGCCGGCUGCAUUUUCAGAUGCUGCUUCGUGAAUGUAAAGACUAAGACCAGUGCCCCACUCCUGUAGUGCUAGUCCUCCAUUUCCACAGUCCUCCUCACCUAAGAGAAUUCUUGAGUGCUUCACAGUCACCAGCAUUACCCGAGGCUCUGCCUGAGUGUCACUUCAGUGUCUUGCAGGAAGCUUCAGAUAUCCUCAGUUCUAUUUAGGCUGUGCCAGUAGACAUAUACGAGGUUUGGUUCUAGUUGGUGGUUGCUAGUUCCAGGUCACCUUGCUCCUUGGUGAGUUCAUUGAAACACAAAAAGUCACACCUGUGUCCUGUGCGCGGGUGCUGCAGGCUUAGGUGGAGAAAAGCAGGGCUAGAAUUGGAAUCCAAAGCCCAGAAUGGCAGGAGAGGAUGUGGGGGCUCCACCCGAUCACCUCUGGGUUCACCAAGAGGGUAUCUACCGCGACGAAUACCAGCGCACGUGGGUGGCCGUCGUGGAAGAGGAGACGAGUUUCCUAAGGGCACGAGUUCAGCAAGUUCAGGUUCCUUUAGGUGACGCAGCCAGGCCAAGUCACCUUCUUACCUCCCAGCUACCUCUCAUGUGGCAACUCUACCCCGAGGAGCGCUACAUGGAUAACAACUCUCGCUUGUGGCAGAUCCAGCAUCAUUUAAUGGUCAGGGGAGUACAGGAGCUGUUGCUUAAGCUUUUGCCUGAUGAUUAAUCUGGUGCUGGGAUGCUAGGAAGAUAUGCUCCUCUGUUCUGUUCAGUACAUGGCAAUCACUUCAUCCACUACCACAGUGCACCCACCUGUGGGCCUGGGGGGAGGGAGUGGGUUGAAAAACUGCUCAAGAACACAGAAGUUUAGGAAGGGUCAUGAAGAACACAGCAAGUGGAACUGCAGAGGAAGGGUUAUGCAGGCAGAAAGCAAGUCAACAAAAGUACUUAGUUAGGAUACGUACCUUGAAAUUGACUCCUUUGGAAAUUGCCAUAGAACCUUUAAUGGACAUCAUCAGCUGGAACUGGGAUCUGAUGAAUCCCACAAAAGUCAGCACCUGCUGCAGAACAGAUGCCCUGAUCACCAAGGACUUGGUACUGAUUUAGAGAGAAGAGAGCAGCUCCUAGCAGCAUCAACAUCUAUUUGUCGCUUAUUUGCCCUGCAGCAAUUCACCUGCCUUUCCUUCUCCCAUCCUGUAAAUAUCCUAGGUUUUGCUCCAGUGUUUCCCAUCCCAGUACUGACCUAACUUGGAUCUACUGAGAACUUAGGGGGCUCUGAAAAAAAAAAAAAAAAGGUUAUUUGCA